AUGGUUGUCCGAAUUAUCGAUUUGUGGACUGUGAAGGAGAGGAAUGACCAGUUGCACAUACAACUUAUCAUUCAAGAUGCAAAGGGUCAUAAAAUCCAAGUCAUUACACACCCGAGAGAUUACAAACAUUGGGUGGAUGUCUUGACUGAACAUGAAUCGUGUACAUUGUAUAAUGGUGAACCAUUGAAAAAUGAUUUGCCUUUCAAGGCUUGUGAAAAUAAUCUAAAACUUAUGUUCACCACUGCAACCACCAUGCGUAAGCAUCUGAACAAGGAUAUACCGCCACACCAAUACGCCUUCCUUCUAUGCUGUUCCCUUCUCCACUGGGAUUGA